UGAGCAUUCCCACUUUCUCCGGUCAGCACUAAGACUGAAAAUCUAGCUUGAAAUGCCUUUCUCCGGCCACCCUCUAUAUAUAUAUCUUCUCUAAUUUACCUUCAUUUUUAUCUCCAUAAAUUUACCCACUUUACUGCAUGCUGCUUUCACUACAAUAUCUUCACUUUCCUCAACAAUCAAUCGAAAUGGAGAACUUAGGAGUCGAUGGAGAGAUGAAGAAGCUGAUAAGUGAGCUGUCUCACGGGCGGGACGCCGCCGCGCAACUUCAGAUGAUUCUGAACGGGCCGGCGCCUCCGCCGACCCGUUCUGAUCAAGAAGCUUGCGAGCUUUUGGUUCAGAAUGUCUUGUCUUCCUACGAAAAGGUGCUCACCAUGCUCAAUUCCGAAUCUUCGACGGCGAACACUACUCGGGCGGCGGUGCCACCAUCUCCGGCAGGGGCCACAUUUGGGAUUCAAUCUUCUUCUUCACUUUCCGGCAGUCCCCACAGUGAAGAUUCCGACCGGGAUGGCGACGGGUCUCGUAAGAGGAAAGCUCCUCGUUGGACGCAAAAAAUUAAGGUUUGCAAGGGAUCAGAGCCUGAAGGACAUGUGGAUGACGGCUAUAGUUGGAGAAAAUAUGGGCAGAAAGAAAUCCAUGGAAGCAGAUAUCCAAGAGCUUAUUUCAGAUGUGCCCAUAGACACACCCAAGGUUGUUUGGCAACCAAACAUGUCCAAAGAUCCGACGAGGACCCAAACAUUUUUGACAUUACUUUCCGUGGAAAGCAUGCUUGCAAGCAGUUCCAGCCCGGUAACAGCAGCCCGCCACCCCUGCCGCCACUGCUAAUCCCACCGCAAAAUCAAGAACCAAUAAUCUCGGCUAUGGAAAGCCAACUUGUGAUUAACCCCUUCACCAAACAAGCCCAGCGCCCAUCAGGAGACGUCCUUAAAGUUGAAACCAGCAAUGUGAGCAUUGCCCAUCAAGAAAACCAUCUAUUGUUCAAUUAUUUUGACAACCUCUCUUCGUCAAUCUCAAAUCCCAAAAAUGAUCACUAUAGUUUCCAGCCUUACGACCAGAACUUCGGCUGGAAUGUUCCUUCAGGCGGCUUUGGCCUUAUUGAUGGCGGCGGAAGCCAAAAUGUGGAGCUAAAAUCAGAAUUAGCUGCAUCUAGUGAAGCUAGUAGGAUCACUCCCCCUCCUUCAAGGGCGGUUCAAACGACAAACUCAUCUUUCGUUGACCAAGGAUUCCCUUUUGUCACAAUGGGAUUUGACUCUAAUUUCACCUUUGGUGACCAUGAUGAUUUCUUCCCAUAGCUCAUUUUCAGCAGAUGCGACUUGAAGGCUAGGAUCAAGGAUGUGAGAGUAAUUAAGUAGUACGAAGUAUAUAAUCGGACUGUGCUUUGGGGUUCUGAAAUGCCAAUGGACGUACUCCUAUUGUGUUUCUCUCUUGGUGAAAAACAAAACAAUUUGAGACAUUACAUGCAUGUGAUGGACGGCUGAGGUUGAGUACAAACCCAAGCGAGAAGUUAAAAUAAGACUAAGUAUUACUUUAAUGUAUAUAUAUAUAGAUAUAUAGAUAUAGAUAUACAUAUAGAAGAUAUAGUUUAUGUUGAGGGGUUGCCCCAGUUUAAUACUAAUGUGCCUUUACACCACAUAAUAUAUGAAUAAAAUGUACGUAGAUUGUUAUAAGGUAAGAUAAGGCUAUAUACAAGAAGUAGAUUAGAUACAUAGUUUUGUACAUUUGUUGUCUAUCAACCCUAGACGAAUACAUAUCGAGCAAAGCAAUGAGUAUAUGUUUUGCUGUGAUUAUAUGACAGAGAAAAGAAAUAGAGAGCACAGAAAAUAUGAUUAAAAUACACUAAUCCCCUAUACAAUUGGAACGUAAUCGCCAAAUCAGCAACUAAAAAAAGAAAAAACAAUGAACAUCAUACACAGUCCUCAAAGAUUCAUAUGUUUCGUUUAUCAAUUAACAACGCAAACAAUAAAUGAAUUAUUUAGGACAAAAAUUAAGCUUGACUUCGAAAAAAUUAGGGAAUUUGAUAUUAAAGUAAACACAAAACAGCAAACCUCAUGAAGAUUCAGUAUGCUGGUCGUGUACGGUCUAACGGGAAGUGGAUAGAUCGGUUUGAUAGAGAUGAUUUGUCAAUCAAGAUGAUAUGCUAUUGGACGGGGAAGCGAAGCCGUGAAGGGAAACAUACAUACCGGCCUGUUUAUAUUUGGACGGGGAGGGUGACGAGUGACGACGGACGAUGAGGGGGAAACUUGUGUAGACGGUGAGGGGGUGAGUGGAGACGAGAG